UUCAAGUGGAAUCUUCUGUUAUCAAAAAAUAAACAUUUUGUCGUUUACAAUUAUGGACGCAGUAUGGUGUCUCAGGUGAUCAUGAACUCCACAGUCUUUCCGGUAGCAAAAUGGUGAAUGAGGGCUGACAAAUCCCCGAGUAUUCCACUCGCUUUUAAACGUUCGAAAAGUUUUUCGUCGUACGUGAAUUUUCUCUCGAUUCAAAUGAACAAUCACUCCAAGAAGUAAUUGAGAAAAACAAUCAGUGACUUCAGCAGAUAUAAGAAUACGGAAUGAUCAACCAGCGUUUCAUUAUUGUAACGAGUACACAGUGUGACACUCUGGUUUGCAAGAUGAUGUCUCUAUUUCUAAUCCUGAUUGCCGUCGUUUCUACGAUUCCUUCAUCAUCAUCUGGACAUAGAGAAUCGGACUAUUCAGUGUUUAUUCCAAAGGACCGAUUUUCGGAAUGCCACAGAAUCGCCCUAAGCGAAUUGUGUGAGAAUAUGGAAUUGGCUGACUUCUGUAAUGUCCUGGAUUUUUGUAAUUUUGAGGAUGAGCAACCAAAAUCUACGGAAAAAAUCGAGGAAGUAACAGAGCCGGCGCCAUGUCCUGAAAAAAUAGUGUACGUGUUUAUUCCAUUAGAUCCAGAGUCCGAUUCAACAUCGAAACCUCUGACAUCUGAAGAAUACAUCAUUCGGCGGAACAUGUGGUCUAAAAAUUCUGAACCGAAACCCAUGUCACCUGAAAGCCUCAAAUACUUUAAAAAAGCAGUAUUAGCGCAUGAAACGGAGGAUAAUAUACCUUAUAAUGUUCUAUGUAAUAUCACAGACUGUUAUGUACAUUAACAAAACGCAUGCCCACGGAAAAUUAUGU